CUAUUCUGUUGUUCAUCAGUUCUAGGUUUGUUAUUUAGACUAUAAUUACAGGAUUAACCUGUAUUAUGUUUCUAACAUUCCUCACUCGGACUUGUUGCAACAAAUCUCAAUUAUUACACAAAUCAGUUACAUGUUGUGGCAUUAUCAGACAUGCUGUUCAAUUGUCUACGUCUUCGAUUAUGAAAGGAGAGAAGAUUCACCAUAAAGAUCUUUUUGAAUAUUUCAAGUUUGCUUAUGGACGUUUAAAUAUAGAAUCUAGCUCAAAGACAAAAUGGCCACCUUCAUUAUUAGAGUUUUUUGGGAACAAUCCUAAGGUUGCGAUUCAUAAAUUGGAAAAUUUGAACAAUGAUAUUGAUAAUCUAUACGGUGUUCAUGAUAAUUUAAAAGAAGUUGAAACUUUUGUAUCUGAAGCAUUAACUGAAGCUAAAUCUGAUGAAAAAGAUGAUUUAAUUAAAAUUGCAGAAGAUGAAAAAGAAGAACUUUUGAAAGAAAUAGAGUCAUGUAAUGAAAUAAUUGUUUCAAAGCUUUUUGAAAUAAUGCAUGGUGAUAAUCAAGUUUCCAACGCAGUUCUCGAAGUGUCAGCGGGCGUUGGGGGUCAAGAAGCCAUGCUUUUUGCAUCAGAAUUACUCGAAAUGUAUCAAUUUUUUUGUAUAAGAUUUGGACAUGAUUUUGAAAUUUUAAAUGUCGAGUAUACUGAUAUUGGAGGAUUGAAGAAGUCUUCAGCAAAUAUAAAUUUUAUAGAUAGGAAUAUGUAUCAAUUGUUUAAGAAUGAGAUUGGUACCCAUAGGGUACAACGUGUGCCUGAGACAGAAAAAGCUGGACGAAUACACACCAGUACAGCAUCCGUCGCUUUACUUCCAGUUUUUAGCAAUCGAACUGAAACACUUGAUGAAAAAGAUGUGGAGGUUCAACGUUUUAAACGCUCUAAUUCUUCAGGUGGUCAACACGCAAAUAAAACUGAAUCCGCAAUUCGAUUAAAACAUAAAACUGGAAAGAUUGUUGAAUGUAAUGCUACGAGAUCUCAACAUGAUAAUAAGGAUCGUGCUAUGCAAAUGCUAGAAGCUAUAUUAGCAUCAGAAAAACAUAGUAUGCAACAAAGUGCUCUCACUAAAGCUCGUCAACAGCAGGUCAAAAAUCGGGAGCGUUCCGAUAAAAUUAGGACUUAUAAUUAUCAUCAAGAUCGUGUGACUGAUCAUAGAAUUGGCUUCACUACUCAUGGAAUUGCAAAGUUUCUUAAUGGUGAAACAACUUUGCUUAAUUUGAUGGAAAAAUUAAACAAUAAAACUCAAUUGGAAGAAUUAAAUAUUACAAGUAAAAUUUUGCUUGAUGAAGGACAAUUGUUUUUUAAUGACAAGAAAGUCAAAUCAGCUGUUUCAAAGUAACUAUGAUCUAAUUAUGGUUGAUACCGGAAACG